GACUUGAGCCUGGCGAUUCAUACUUGCACCUAUAUUGUACUUGCAAACACAUUGGAAAUUCAAGUAAAGACAUAUGAAUUAGUUGAUCACGAUCAUCAUUCCAAAGGCAGCAUAAUGUCAUCUGCAAUAUGGAAGUCACUGAACAGUUUACCAACAAUACAGCCCAACGUAUCACCAUUCUGACUAGCCGUGAUCAAAUGACUGAAAUUCAAGUACCAAAUGAAAUUAACAUAUCGAAUGAAAAGUUAACCAAUGAUAAAAGCAGCUCGAUAAUUAUUUUAUCGAAUAUUUCACACAAAAUGGACAUGCUUGAAAACAUACACGGAGCCUUGAAGGAAGAUGGAUUUCUCAUUACGAAAGAACCAGCUGUUAAGGCUUUCAGCACCUACAAAAAACUAGGGUUCAACGUUUGCUUCAGUCGUAAGAUCAACGAAACGGAAAGAAUUUUACUCUUGAACAAAAUGGUGAAAGACGAAUCACUUUAUAAGGCUGUAGAAAUAACCAGCAAUACGUUUGUUUGGAUAUCAAAUGUUCAGAAUGAAUUAGCAUCCAUUGAUACUGGACGAAACGAAAAAUUGGUCAUUUAUGCCGAAAAAGACCCAACAAAUGGAAUACUGGGAUUUUUCAAUACUUUAAGAAGAGAGGAAAAAGGAAAGAAUCUCAGAUGCGUUUACACGAUGGAUAAAACAGUGCAAGAUUUUUCGUUGAAACAUUCAUUCUACAGAGAUCAACUGGAUAAGAAUUUAUGCCAGAAUGUCUACAAAAAUGGCCAAUGGGGUGCGUAUUGCCAUUUUACAACUGAUCAAGUUGACGAAAUAGAAACAACUCAUGCACUGUGUAUACAAGAGGAACGCGGGGAUUUCUCAUCCUUCAAAUGGAUUGAAAGAUUACCAAACCUACAAGAGUGUGAAAAUUUUCAAGAAAAUUCAAUUCAUGUGUAUUACAGCAGUUUGAAUUUCCGCGAUGUUAUGAUAACAAGUGGAAGGAUUUCAGCAGAAGACAUAUCCACUUACAGCCGACUAACUCAAAGUCACCAUGGUUUUGAAUUUUCGGGCAAAGAUGAAAAUGGGACACGUUGGAUGGGUAUUGUAGAAAAUGAGGCGAUUGCAACCACAGUUCGGCCACUUCCUGACACGACGUGGAAAGUACCAGAUCAUAUGUCGCUGGAAGAAGCAGCUACUAUUCCGGUCAUAUACGCCACAGUGGUCAUAGCUUUCUUUUUCAAAAUGAAUUUACAAAAAGGCUGUUCAGUACUCAUCCAUUCAGGCAGUGGUGGUAUUGGUCAAGCUGCUAUCAACAUAUGUCUUCAUUACAAAUGUGAGAUAUUUACCACUGUUGGCACUCCCGAAAAAGUACAGUUUAUUAGAAAAACAUUCCCUCAAAUUCCAGAGAGCCAUAUAGGUAACUCGAGAGAUACAUCCUUUGAGCAGUUGAUAAUUCAGCAGACAAACGGACGUGGAGUGGAUGUAAUUCUGAACAGUUUGGCUGAAGAGAAAAUGCAAGCUUCAGUACGUUGCUUGGCUUACGACGGACAUUUUUUGGAGAUAGGGAAAUACGAUAUGCUCGAAAGACACGAUUUAAGUUUGGGACAUUUUGUGAACAACAUUUCAUUUCAUAGCAUACAGUUGGACUUGAUGAUGCUAACUAACAGAUAUCUCACACUUGCAAUGAAAGAAAAGGUUUCAGAGUUACUCAAUCAAGGAAUCAUAAAACCAAUACAGAGGACAAUUUUCCAAGCUGACGAAAUAGAAUCAGCUUUUAGAUUCAUGGCAACUGGAAAACAUACUGGAAAAAUUCUAAUAAAAAUUAAUGACGAGCAAAAUGACCAGAAAGGUAAACCUAUUCCAAUAGCUAUGAAAUGUAAGCCUCAAGUUCAUUGUUCGAAGUGCAGUUCAUACGUUAUUGUGGGAGGUUUGGGUGGAAUAGGAAUGGAACUGGCUGAUUGGUUGAUCUUGAGAGGUGCUCGCAAUAUUGCACUAAGCUCACGAUCAGGAAUCAAAAACGGUUAUCAGACUUAUCGCAUUAAAUUAUGGCGUUCAUACGGAGUGAAAAUUGUAAUAUUCACAGAAGAUGUGACAAAUGAAGAAGGUACAAGAAAUUUACUUCAAACAGCCAAUACAUUAGGACCAGUAGAGGGAAUAUUCAACCUUGCAAUGAUCCUGAAAGACGAUCCAUUCAUGAAACAAACCGAAGAAAACUUCAGCCUAGCAAACGGACCUAAGGCGAUCUUGACCACACACUUGGACAACCUUAGCAGAAAAAUGUGCCCGAAUUUAAAAUAUUUUAUUGUAUUUUCCAGUGCUGUUUCUGGUUUAGGUAAUCAAAACCAAAGCAACUAUGCCUAUGCUAAUUCUGCGAUGGAAAGAAUAUGUGAAAUCAGACACAAAGAUGGCCUACCUUCUCUGGCUAUUCAAUGGGGAGCUGUUGGAGAUGUGGGUAGAGUAGCUGAAUUUCAAGAACACACCUCGGGGUCUGAACUUAUUAUUUGUGGAGCUCUUCAACAAAAAAUCAAAUCUUGUUUGAACACACUGAAUAUGUUCAUGAAACAGCAAUCCCAUCCCAUUGUAACCAGUGUAGUGGUUGCUGAAAAACGUCACAGUGAAAUUGAUAUCACCGGCGCCGUAGCAAAUAUAUUGGGUAUUAAAGACCUCAAUACUAUAAAUCAGUCGUGGACAUUCUCAGAAUUAGGUAUGGAUUCUGUACUAGCCCUGGAACUUAAAUAAACUCUCGAAAUGGAAUUCAAUGUCAUUUUCAGUCCGGAAGAGCUACAAACCAUGACAUUCAUUAAAUUACUUCAAAUGAAAAAGCAGAAAGAUAACUCAAUGAUUACAGGGAAAAAAAUUAAAACGCAAAUGCAAACUUUUGUGGAGGAAAUUUUUCUGAACAAGUCAAUUCGUCGAAUACCAAUCGAUGAGAACAAUAUUGAAAAAUGUAUCGUUUUCGAUGAAAAUCCCACAAUUUUCAUGUUUCCAGGAGUCGAAGGAUUAGCUGUUACAAUGCAGUCAUUGGCAAAACAUUUACCUGGUCAAGUGAUAUGCUUUCAGUACUAUUUUGGUGAAGUGGCAGACUAUUCCUUUGAGGAAUUACGCGAUUAUUUUGCCAAAUACAUACUAGAAAAUUUCAAUUUGAACCAAGAGUUCUACCUAAUUGGUCACAGUUUGGGUGGAUUGAUAGCUGUAGAAGUGGCCAAUAUUUUAGAACAACAGGGGAAAAAAGGAUAUGUGUACUUGAUAGAAUCUUCUCCGACAUACUUUCAAAAAAAGCAAACUAGAGAAGACGGUUUCUAUGAUGAAGAGAUGCAAAUCAAAGUCUGUUCCCUUACAAUGUCAGUAUUUUUACCAACAACUCCAAGAGAAGAAUUCAUUGGAUUGAUAGAAAAGACGGUCGGUUGGCCGUUGAAGAAAAAAUUAUGCUUAUCUUUACUAUCAUCAGGGCUGAAAAAUGAAAACGCCGUGGAUGCGCUGCUCGACAGAAUUUACAAUGUAACCAAAGCAUUACGCACUUACCAAAUUCCUCGAGUAUCAUUAGAGUCAUAUGGUAUUCUAAUAAGAUGCCUGGAGAAUCCACUUGACACGGAUGACGCGUAUGGCUUAUCAGAGUACUUCAAGCAACCGAUACAAGUUCAUAAAAUUAGUGCAGGUCACACCACAAUUUUGCAUCAUCCAAAAACUUCGGAAAUUUUGUUGGAAUGUUCAUCAUGGAAGAAGUGACCAGUUAUUUGUGGAAUUUUAUGAAGCUACAGUAGCAGAAAAUUUUUCGCAUAUAAUAUACAUAUUGAUUAUUGUUGACAAUUUGCGUAAAAAAAAAUCGGGAACUCCAAUUUUUACCUACAUACUCAAAUUUCCUGCUGGAUUUUCAGAAAUUGGCAGUUGUUAAAAAAAAUUAUGCUUAAGUAGGUACCUAAACACUUAAUAUGAAGUGAACAUAUAAAAUUUCUGAAAUUGUAUCAAAUGUCAAGUUAAUAAAAGCCUAAAAUUGUC